CCUUGCCCGCCGCCGCGCCUGGGCGGGGCAGCCGCCGCGCAUGCGCUGCCGCGCAGGGCCUGCCGCCGCCAUUGGGCCCCGCCGCUCGGCUCCGCUCGGCCUGUGGGAAGGUGUGUCUGUCUAUGUGUGCCUGCUCUUGCGUGGGAGAUGUCCAAUGUUUCCAGUUACGCCCUUCGAAUGGCCCGGCUGAGUGCUCAGAUAUUCGGUGAGGUUGUCAGGCCAACUGACUCAAAAUCUAUGAAAGUAGUGAAGUUAUUCAGUGAGCAGCCUUUGGCCAAGCAGAAGGAGGUCUACACCUGGUAUCCUCCUCACAACACCUACUAUGCCCUCAUGAAGAAACUCCGUUACUUUGGUCUUUACAGGGAUGAGCAUCAGGACUUCAAGGAAGAGAUGAGGCGUCUGAAAAAGCUCCGUGGAAAGGAAAAACCAAAGAAGGGGGAAGGAAAGAGAGCUCUAAAGAAGAAAUAGUGCCACCUGGACAAUAUAAUGAACUACUCUGGAAAUGCUGGAGAAGAGCUGUAACCCAGGCUUUCUUUUCCCAGCUGGAGAAGGCUUGGCAUGUGAGCUGCAUGUGGGGCACAAGAAACACUGUGAAAUACUGGAAUGCGCUUGGGUCUUUGUGGUUUUAUUGAUUAUUUUUUAAAAAAAAAUUUCUUUAGUUUAAAUACACUGUAUAUUGGAGUGCAUUAGUUUGUCAGAGCCCUCUUUUACCCAAGUAGUAAAAACGAUAGUAAAAACUAA